UACUUAGGAAAUUAACAAUAUGGCAACAUAGUUGAUGGUCAACACGACCUUCUGAGAAACUCAAAAAAAUUUGCACUGCAAAUUAUUCACUGCGCUGUUUUGUUUUCAGCAUGAUUAUAAUUUGCUUUACUGCUAAAUAAAUAAAUUAUAACCUAUUAAUUUCAUGUAACUUUGCAUCAUAUAAUCUUUUUAAGCUCUGCAAUUUUGUUAUGUUUUUAGAAUGUGAAUGAGCUGAGAGUGUUCUGUAGAUAGUGUUUGUUUGAAAUCAUAGAGAAAACUUCCUCCAUUAGAAUUCUUAGUUGUGGCUUCCCCACCCAGUGGAAUGGCAGGCUAUUUGAAUAGGUCUUUAUCAUUGAGUCCAAUUGAACCUGAUCCUCCUAGCCUGCCUCUCGUGUCGAAUGGAAACAUGAAGCCCAAUAACCCCACUUCACCUAGAAUAGAUCUUUCUGCUUCGCCACUCAAAAUUUUUGGCUUGGCUAAAAAGAAGAUAAAUGAUAUAUUUCAAGACAUUGAUGUUUAUGUAGAUGAAACUUCUAAUUUUUUAAGAACAAUUUGUUUGGAUAGUGACAUCAUUACUAAGAAACAAGCUGAUGAGGUCCAUGAACUAAAAGAAAAAAUAAAUGGCAUUCAGGAAGUAUUGGCUAGAAAACAUAUGAAAGUAGUGUUUUUUGGAAGGACAAGUAAUGGAAAGAGUUCUGUCGUUAAUGCUAUGCUUCAAGAUAAAAUUCUUCCAAGUGGAAUUGGACACACUACUAACUGUUUUGUGCAGGUAGAAGCAGCUAAUGGAUCAGAAGCUUACAUAAAAACUGAAGACUCAGAAGAACAUCAAAAUCUCCAGUCAAUAUCUAAUUUAGCCAAUGCCCUGAUGUCACCCAAAUUUGGCGAUAGCUCUUUAAUAAGAGUGUAUUGGCCGGCUGAUCGUUGUCCUCUUUUAAGAAAUGAUGUUGUUUUAGUGGAUAGUCCUGGUAUCGAUAUUGAACACCAUAUGGAUGAAUGGAUUGAUAAAUAUUGUGUAGAUGCUGAUGUAUUUGUGCUUGUUGCAAAUGCAGAGUCCACAUUGAUGGUUGCUGAAAAACAAUUUUUUCAUAAAGUCAGUGAAAGAUUAUCGAAACCAAAUAUGUUUAUUCUAAAUAAUCGAUGGGAUGCCUCUGCUUAUGAGAUAGAGUUCUUAGAUAAAGUUCGUAAGCAACAUAUGGACCGCAGUGUUAAUUUUCUUGUUGAUGAACUCAAAGUAGCUAACCGCUCACAAGCAGAGAAUCGAGUGUUUUUUGUAUCUGCAAAAGAAGUAUUGCUAGCAAGAUUAAAGCAACAGAAAGGAGAACCAUUACAUGCUGGUGCUAUUGCUGAGGGCUUUCAAGCUCGGUAUUUUGAAUUUCAAGAAUUUGAGCGUAAAUUUGAAGAAUGUCUGUCAAAAUCAGCUGUAAAAACAAAAUUUGAACAGCAUACUCAGAGAGGAAAAAAUAUUACAUCUGACUUACGCAAGCUAAUGGAUAGUGUUUAUGAACAAGCUACUCAACUUAGGACUCAGAAAUUAUCCCUGAGGAAGGAGCAAUAUGAACGUUUAGACUUCACCCAACAGCAGCUCAAUAUACUGACUCAAGAGGUGAAACAUGAAAUCUGCAACAUAUGCGAAGUAGUUGAGAAAAAAGUGGCUGCUGCUUUAAGUGAAGAAAUCAGGAGGUUAAAUGUUCAUGUUGACGAGUUCGAGCGUCCUUUCCACUCCGACAGCCUUGUACUCAGCGUCUACAAAAAAGAGCUGAACAGUCACGUAGAACAAGGGUUGAGUAGUAACCUGAGGGGUAGACUCUCUAGUCAGAUUCAAAUGCUAGUCGAAAGCUCUCAAAAAGACAUGAUCGAUCGAAUGUCUUCACUGAUACCUCCGGAACACCGGCCAAAAAUGGUGAAUGUCUUACCUCGACAUAACUUUGAGGUUCUCUAUCGAAUCAACUGUGAUAGCCUGUGCUCUGACUUCCAGGAAGACUUGGAAUUUAGAUUUUCAUUUGGGUUAGUAAACAUAAUCAAAUGUUUCCUCGGCCCACGUGAGUCUAAAAAGGUUCUUGGGAAGUCAGUGGAGUCCGUACCAUGGCCUGUUCCUAGCACCCCACAAACUCCAAGCAAUGAGAUGAGACACGUUACCCCAUCUCCAGAAUACCUUGCCCUACUCCAAAAGCUGGCUUUUGCUUCACCAUCAUCACAGACAACUGUUGGAGUUUUGGCUGUUGGCGGAUUUUUGAUAAAAACUGUUGGCUGGAGAGUUAUCUUUGCUGGUUUUGGCAUCUAUGGGUUAUUAUAUGCAUAUGAGAGAUUAUCAUGGACUAAUAAAGCUAGAGAAAGAACAUUUAAAAAGCAAUAUGUUGGUCACACAACUAGGAAACUUAAGCUUAUCUUAGACCUUACUUGUACCAACUGUAGCCACCAAGUUCAACAAGAACUGUCCAGCACUUUUGCUCGAUUGUGUCAUCUAGUUGAUGAAGUUGUUAGUGAUAUGCAGAAUGAAAUAGGCUUACUUGAUCAAGAUACACAGAAAUUAGAUGAAUCAAGUAGUGCUUCUAGGAUUCUUAGGAACAAAGCUGAUUAUCUAUACAGUGAAUUGGAAACUUUUACAGCACAGUACCUGCAAUAUGACCAGUGAUUAAUGAUCUAGUUGUAAAAACUUUAUGAUGAUAUUAGAAAUAUUAUUUAUGUAGAAACCAAGCAUAACUAUAUUUGUUUAAAACUUAGUUACUUCCUAGUGAUAUGCACUUUAUUUUUUAAAAAUAAGAAUUUCUUCAUAGCUGGUUUUCUUCCUUUUUUUUUCUUCUUGUGAACUUUUAAGAUGAAAAAACAGCAUGGAACCUUUUACUAUUGCAACAUUUAAUUGAUAUUUCUUUUUUGAAAUCAGUUGUUUGAAUAUUUUUUAUGUAUACUAAGCAAUCAUUUCAAAUGCUUGUUUUUGUUAAAUAACUACAUUCUACUAAUAACUACAAACUGUUUACAAUAUUUGUGUUUAAUAAUUGUGUUGCCAUAAACUUCUCAUUCUCCUGUGUGAAUAUUUUAAAUACGUAAUGCAUGUUUUUUAAAAUGUUGAUUUUAUUUUUAGGUUCUUUUUCUACUUUUUUUUUAAUUGCAUGAUUAUUUAAACAAGAAUCAAACAUAUGAAAUACAUAUUUAUAUAACCUUCUGUUAUAUAUAAAUUUUGCCUGAAUGUGUUUUUCUGUUUAUUGUAAUGUGUUAUACUCUCAAAGAAUUUAUGAAACAGAUUGCUUAAAAAACUUGCUGAUUCUGAUGUCAUAUACGUUUCAAAUUUGAAUUAAAUAACUUAUAAUGAAGGUUGAUCUUACUAAUAUUAUUUAAAAUGUAAUUAAUGAAUAUGCCAUGCUAUUGAUAUGGAAGUAAUAAAACACUUAUAUUUAUGUUUA